AUGUCAUCUGAUGAAGAAUGGAAAUUUGCGCGAUCUAAACUAUGGAUAAGCUAUUUUGAAGAUUCUGGAACUCUUCCACCACCAUUUAAUAUUAUACCUAGCCCAAAGAUACUUUAUUACCUCUUGUUAUGGCUAAAGAAGACAGUAUUAUCUUGUUCACCAAGACAGAAAAGAAACAGAUGGCAAAGCAUUAAGGUAGGCUCAAUUGAAGAGUAUCUCAAGUUGUUUUGUUUUCAUUUUCAAAAAAAUCUAAAGAAAAUUGAAAGUAAUAGGCAUUCUUCAAUAUCUAUAGAAUUUUUUUUUAAUCUUUAA